AUGCACCCACCCGCGCCCAAUCCCCUCUCCAACUCGUUCUCCGCACGACGAGCAGCCCUCGCACUCGCCCAGUCUCGCCCAAUACACACAUCGAGCGCACCAGCGUCCGACCCUCUCCCCUGGGUCCAGGACCAAGUCGCGUCUUCUUCUUCUUCGCGCAACACGGUCGGAUUGGGACUGGGGAGUGAGGACAUGAGCAACACGAUGAGGAGUACGGGGCUGGGUAUUUCGGCGCCGGCUGCGAGAGGAGCGGGCGGAAUCUCCGCUGUUGUCGACCUCGACCCUAAUACGGAUCGCGAGAACGUACCUCUUCCUUCAGCCUUUCCUUCGACUGCCUACCCUCCAACGACGACGAGCACGACGACUGCCGAUUCGCCUACCAAGUCACCCAUGCAUCUGCGCGUCGGCUCUCUCUCUCACCAUUCUCCCUCUCGACCUUCCUCUGCGCAGUACACCAGCGCUUCGUCCCCUUCUCGCGCCUUCUCCUCCAUCCUCUCCUCCUUCCUCCCCUCUCGACGCCGCCGAGCGCCCUCAAUAACCGACGACCUCUCAACCCUGCAGUACCCGCGCUCCCCCUCACUCCUCAGACCACCUCCAACAGUCCGCCACAGCGCAGGCCGACGCACGUGCCUUUCGCUCCGGCGGCUCAUCUUGACUCUUUGCGCCGUUUCGCUACUCGCGAUACUGUACGCCUCGACGGUUGAGGAAGAGACGCGCAGGGAAAAGUGGAAUUCGUUUCGAGCGAAACUCUCGUCGUCGAAUUUCUCCGCUUCCGAUGCGAGCCGGGCGAACGUCGUCAAUUACGGCGACAUGCUCGAUGCAUUACGGAGCGGGGGCGGGAACGGGCAUGCGUCGCAUCACCCCGCUGGAUGGGGCGCGGCCAAGGAGGUGGUCGUCCCCAAGCCUGUGGCGGUCGAGGCGCCUUCGCCGGCGGUGCGGGCUGCCGAGCAGGACUCGAUGAAUGCGGAUGAUCUUGGAGGAAGCGCGGCGGAACCGGUGCGGUUGAUUGAGAUUGAGAAGGUCGACUCGCGUGAGGAGGAGGGAGACGACGCGAAUGAGCGGAGACCAAAGCCUCAUCUCGCUGUCAAGGUCGGUAAGGAGGAGGACACGCCGGCGAAGGAGGACGAAAAGCCCAAGCCGACGAAGGAGGACUUGCCUUUCCUCACGGACAAGAGCGCGCCCACGCCGUCGGACGACUUGAACGAGCCCGACGCGGAAGACGAGCAAGCUGGACUUGCGGCGGUCGUCAAGCAGGCUGAGCAGGAGGACGCGAAGCAGGAUGCGGAUGCCGAGGAAGUGACCGAGUCGCUUGAGCAGGUCAUCGAGGAGGAGCGGGAGGCGGCUCCUCCCGCGCGCCUCAAGGCUCAGCAGAAGGAGAAGGAGCAGUCAAACCGCGUCGAAGAGGUCGUCGCCAUCCCGCCAGAAGCGGAGGCCAAGGCGAAGAAGGCGGUCGAGAAGGCCCUGUCGAAUGCGGCCAAGAAGGCGCGGCGGAAGAAGAAGAAGGAUGCCUCGCGGUACAAGCGGCUCCUCCCGCUUGGCGCUCCUCCGCGCCGGUACCUCUACGGCGCAAACUUUGUCAUCGCCGCAGACGAGGUCGACGCUUCGACUGUCGCGACGAACGAGUUGACGAACGAGCAGAUCAAGAUCCCGUCGAAGAAGCAGCUCAAGAAGAUGUUUGACAGCGGCAAGAAGCGGUACCUUGAGGAGGCGGACGACUGGCGCAACUACGAGUGGAAGGCUCCGCCUGCUCACGCAUCGCUGCAGCGCUUCGUCGACCGGCUCAAGGCGGACGAGCGCGCCCUCCGAGACUGGAUCAAGCGAGUCCACGCCUCACCGCCCUCUCAGCCCAUCGGUCUCGCCGCCCCGCUCGACGCCGUCUUUACUCCCGCCACAACCGACCUCGCCCUCGUCGGCGAGCCACCCAUCUUCGACCGCGGCAACCGCGACAAGUGGACCGACCUCGUUCUCCAGGCGCAGGAGGGUCACGCUGGAAAGUGUAAGGGUAAUAAGUGGCUUGAUGACUAUCAGAAGCUGCAUGCCGAGAUGCUUGCGGGCGAACGCGAACCCAAGUUCAUCUCGUAUCACUGCGAGACAGGGAUGAACUGCGGCGGCCUCGGAGACCGGCUACUCGGCAUGACCUCGACCUUCUUCUUCGGCUUGAUCACCCAGCGAGCUUUCUUGAGCGAGUGGCAGUCGCCCAUCCCGCUCGACAUCAUCUUCGACUCGCCUCACGUCAACUGGUCGCACUCGUCCUUCACCAGCUCUCGCCACCCCGUCCUCGGCCAAAAACGUCUCGCUGACGCCGCCGCCGACCUCGAUGUCAUUCACUUCGACCGUCUCUCUGUCGACGCGACCUUCGGCACAACGAGCUGGAAUCCGCCGAAGAACCGCGCGCUCACGCCUGGCUUCGAGUUGCGCGACCUUGCGUACAAGUCGCCCUGGAUCAAGUUCUACACCAACCGCGGCAUGAUCUACCGCGCGUUCAAGUACAAGCACUUGCAGAAGAGCAUCAACCGACUCGGGCUCGAGCCGACGACCGCGUUCGCCUGCAUCAGCGAGUACCUCUUCAAGCCGAAGCUGCCGGCGCUCGACCUCAUCACGCAGUAUACCUCCGUCCUCGCGCUUCCCACCAUCUUCAGCGUCGGCAUACAUAUCCGCACGGGUGAUCAGAGCAUGCGCGACGAGGUGUACGACAAGGUCAACACCGUCAAGCGCCACAUCGCCUUCUUUCGCUGCGCCCGCGAACUCGGCGAGACCUACGCCCGGAAGGACCAGAAGGUCGUCUUCUUCCUCAUCACCGACUCGCAACACCUCAAGCAGGACGCCCAGCGCGUCCUCGGCAACAAGCUCAUCACGACCGACAUGGUUCCCCAGCACGUGCAUCAGAAGAGCGGCCAUGUCGACGGGGUCAUGUCGGCUGUCGUCGAGGACUGGAUCCUCGCGAAAGCCGAUAUGCUCGUCGCGACUCAGGACUCGGGUUUCGGCAAACUCGCGUCCUUCAUGAUGGCCAAGCCGAACGCAACUGUCACCAUCUUCCCGCGCUUUAACCCGGAUGUGAUGGGCUUGCAGAGCAAGAAGUCGCACCUCCGCGUAGACUGUACUUCUCCCACCGUAUUCACCUCGUUCGAGGAACUCUCGUCCGAAUGGUCGCUCGGCUAG